AUGAUUAGGGUGCGUCCGCCUUUUCCCUCCCCCUUCUAUCCUCCUCCCUUUUCCCCUCCCCUUGUCCCUCAGUCUUCUCCCUCCUUCCUCUCUCCCUCCCUCUGGCGUCCCCAGCCGACUCCCGCUUCCGGUCGGCGGCCGUCUGCGGAAGGGUGUCCCGCCUCUUCCGCCCUACAGCGGAGGUGGCGGCGGCGGCAGCGGCGCCUGCGCGUCUUCUGUCAGGGUCAGCAGGCGGGUCCCCUGGGUGGUCCACCUGCGUGUCGCGGAGCCGCGCCGUGGGGGUCGAUGGCGAUGAACUAUAACGCGAAGGAUGAAGUGGAUGGUGGACCCCCGUGUGCUCCCGGGGGUACCGUUAAGAGCCGGAGACCGGAUAACACGGCCUUCAAACAGCAACGGUUGCCGGCUUGGCAGCCCAUCCUUACGGCUGGCACGGUGCUACCUACCUUCUUCAUCAUCGGCCUCAUCUUCAUCCCCAUUGGCAUCGGCAUCUUUGUCACCUCCAACAACAUCCGCGAGAUCGAGAUUGAUUAUACCGGAACAGACCCUUCUAGUCCCUGCAAUAAAUGUUUGUCUCCAAAUGCGACACCUUGUAUUUGUACCAUUAACUUCACACUGGAACAGUCAUUUGAGGGCAAUGUGUUUAUGUAUUAUGGACUGUCUAAUUUCUAUCAAAACCAUCGUCGUUAUGUGAAAUCUCGAGAUGAUAGUCAGCUAAAUGGAGAUUCUAGUGCUUUACUUAAUCCCAGUAAGGAAUGUGAGCCUUAUCGAAGAAAUGAAGACAAACCAAUUGCUCCUUGUGGAGCUAUUGCCAACAGCAUGUUUAAUGAUACAUUAGAAUUGUUUCUUGUUGGCAAUGAAUCUUAUCCUACACCUAUUCCUUUGAAAAAGAAAGGUAUUGCUUGGUGGACAGAUAAAAAUGUGAAAUUCCGGAAUCCCCCUGGAGGAGAAAGUCUAAAAGAACGAUUCAAAGGUACAACAAAGCCAGUAAACUGGGUUAAACCAGUGUACAUGCUGGAUUCUGAACCAGAUAAUAAUGGGUUCAUAAAUGAGGAUUUUAUUGUUUGGAUGCGUACUGCAGCAUUACCUACUUUUCGUAAGUUGUAUCGUCUUAUAGAACGGAAAAGUGAUUUACAUCCAACAUUACCAGCUGGACGAUACUAUUUGAAUAUCACGUACAAUUACCCUGUACAUUCUUUUGAUGGACGAAAACGGAUGAUCUUGAGCACUAUUUCAUGGAUGGGAGGAAAAAAUCCUUUUUUGGGGAUUGCUUACAUCGCUAUUGGAUCCAUCUCCUUUCUUCUGGGAGUUGUACUGCUAGUAAUUAAUCAUAAAUAUAGAAACAGUAGUAAUACUGCUGACAUUACCAUUUAAUUUUAUAUUCUGAAAACAAAUUUACUGCAUGUGCAUCAAGGCCAGUCCUAUUCAACCUAGCUUUCGAAUGCCGAUGUCUGGUUAGUAUGUCAUUUUUGAAGUUGGCACAUAACUUUUUUUUUUAAAAAGCAGUUUUUGUCCUUUGCUUCUUUAUGGAUGUCUUAUGGAAAUAUAUGACGGGUAUGAAACAAAUUAACUACAUUGAUAUAUCAACACUGUAACUGCUGAAAUGGCAUUCUACUGUUUGCUUUUUGUUGGGUCAGGCCAUAUGAUGCAUAGAGCCUCUUUCCUGUGAAAUGCAUCUACUGCUUAAAUGUUUAUGCUGUGUUGAUAAUAUUAUAUUGACAUAUGAUGCUGUAUAUGUGUGCCUGUUGUGAAGAAAGGGAUUACAAGAUGUAUGAAUAUAAUGACUUGCUAACUUUGCAGGAUUCAGAGUUAUAAAACGAUGAAGAAAGACCAAAUUAAAUAAAACACUUCAUCAUU